AUGAUUCCUGUUGGAAUAGAUUUAGGCACAAGUAACUCAGUUUGCGCUUAUUUCAUUGGAAAACGUUCUGACAGGGUUCAAUUUGGAGGAGAUUAUUACCUUCCUUCUUUAGUAUGUAUCGAAAAAGACCAAAAUAACAAAACUUCUUUUUCAUUGGGUUCAACUAUCAAAGAUUAUAUGGUUAAUCAUCCAGAAAGAGUAGCAUAUGGAUCAAAGAGACUAAUUGGACGAAAAUUUAAUGAUCCUUACGUUCAAAAUUUUAUCAAAACUUGUCCUUAUGAAAUUAUCAAUAAAAACGAUAGGCCAGCAUACGUAAUUGAAGGAAAUACAUACGAUCCAGAAACUAUUUCUGCUCAAAUUCUAUUAGAAAUUAAAAAUCAAUUCAAGAAAACGACAGGAAACGAAAUGAAAUCAGUUGUUAUUACAAUCCCAGCUUUAUUCAGUCCUAACCAGCGUGAAUGUACUAAAACUGCAGCUGAACUUGCAGGAUUAGAUGUAAUUCAAUUUAUCAGCGAGCCAACAGCCGCAGCUAUUGCAUACAAAGAUACAAUCAAAGAUCAAGGGGUUACAGGUAAGCAGACCGUGUUAAUCUUUGAUUUUGGUGCAGGAACGUUAGAUGUUUCAAUUGUCGCGUUUGAAAACGACGAUUGCAACAUUAUUGCGGUCGAAGGCAACGUAAACCUUGGUGGCAAAGAUUUAGACAAGGCAUUAUACGAUUUUGUUGUUCGAGAUGAACAAAAAACUCAUCCGAACUUCAGAUUCGAUCCAAAAUCGAAAGAAUGUGCAAAUUUACUUGAGGCAUGCGAAAAAUGUAAGAUUAAUUUGUCUACAAUGAAAAGUUCCGAAAUUAUUAUUCCGAAUUUUUACAAAAACGGGGAUUUACAGAAGAUGAUUCGCAGAAUUAAAUUCGAGAGCCUCAUAGAAGAUAAGAUCCAAGCCUGUAUCGAAUCUCUCGACAAAGCUCUCCAAAAAGCCAAAUUAUCUAAAGACCAAAUAACAGCGGUUAUACCAAUUGGCGGUUCAUGUAACAUCCCUGCUGUCCAAACAGCACUUGAAGACUAUUUUGAUGGCAAAACUUGCAUUGUUAUGGCAGAUUCUUGUGGAUACAGUGUUGCACAAGGCGCAAUGCUUCUUUGCAAGGGAUUAUUAGAGAAUACUACUAAGUUUACUAAUAAUAUUUCCCGAACACGUCGACAAAUGGGAAAAUCAUCAGAUCAUCGUGGAGAAAUCGAACUUAUCAAAGAUAUUUUACCAAUGCCGUUUGGUAUUCGCAUUGACAAAGAUAAGUUCUUCCCGUAUUUCUCACCAGGAACAAGUUUGCCGAGUGAAAUUCAAUAUCCUUUCAAAAUUGAAGCGAAAAGAAGCCUGAAACUUGAAAUAUUCCAAGGAGAAGACUUAGAACAUUGCAGCAAUAACGAUUUGAUUGCUCAAACUAACAUACAAAACAUUCCAUCAAAUAUUGAUUCCCUUUGGGUCAAAUUGAAACUUGAUGUCAAUGGUGUCAUGACUGUUUAUGUUUGUGACAACACGGGAACAAUGGAAAGAGAGCAGAAACUUGAUGCUUUGAUACAACUCUCCGAAAAUGAUUUCAGAAAUGCGAAAAAGAUAUUGGAUUCAACAGAACAAAUUUCUAGAAUGAGAGAUGAUUUCGACACAAGAAUUGAUAAUUUGUCUCAUGAAGUAUCACGAAUGAAGAGGAAAUCAACAGAUAAAAGAAAGUUUUCUAAUCUAGAAGAUAGUAUUGAUGAACUACUGCAGGAAAGAGAAGACAUGCAAGAUAAAAUGAAUGAUACAAAUGAAAUUGCUAAAUUAAUCAACAAACUGCAGAAACUUGAAAGAGAAUUCCAAAUAUUGUCUAAAAACUAA